AUAACAUUGCGAUAAAAACCCUAGUAUCGUAGUGUUGGUUGUGUUGCUAGGGUUUCAGAAUUUCAGGCUCGUGUUAGCACUUAGGUUUGAAGGAGGUAGAGAAAGACGAAGGAGAGCCUCACCUGAAACGUCGCAACCAUGGGUCGUAUGCACAGUCGUGGUAAGGGUAUCUCUGCAUCAGCUUUACCCUAUAAGAGGACACCACCUAGUUGGCUGAAGAUAUCAGGACAGGAUGUGGAAGAUAACAUUUGCAAGUUCGCGAAGAAGGGGUUGACCCCUUCUCAGAUUGGUGUGAUUCUUCGAGACUCUCACGGUAUUGCUCAGGUUAGGAGCGUUACUGGAAGCAAGAUCCUACGUAUACUGAAGGCUCAUGGCCUUGCCCCUGAAAUCCCCGAGGAUCUGUACCAUCUGAUUAAGAAAGCCGUUGCGAUCCGGAAACAUCUUGAGAGAAAUAGGAAGGAUAAAGAUUCUAAAUUUAGAUUGAUUCUCGUAGAGAGCAGGAUUCACCGACUCGCCCGCUACUACAAGCGAACAAAAAAACUCCCACCAGUCUGGAAAUAUGAGUCUACUACCGCUAGUACCCUGGUGGCGUAGGGUUCGUGCCUGCAAGUUCCGGUGGCCAGAAUUCCUGCCUACGCUCAUGAUGGGUAGGACAUAUUCAUAGUUAGAUUAAAGAGGGAGAGGAACAGUUUUGUUUGUCUGGACCAAUUGCUACUUAGCUUUUGGGUAUUUCGUUCUUCAUUUACUGGAGCAUUUUAUUUGAAUUAUGACUUUUUAUCUUCUUCU